CGCAAAAAUCUGGGAUCUAUCUAGAAGCAUCACUCAACAAACCCUAGGUUGCCUGAUCGGUUGAUCGCUCCAUGGCGAUCAUCUCCGACUUCAAGGACGACGAGGCACCGGAGCAGCAGCUGGCGGCCGGCCACGGCGUCGAGGUGGCCCUCGUGGCGGCGUUGGAGAGGAGCGGCGGCGCGCUCCCCUUCCUACAGGCGGCUAUGGAUGUCGCCCACCGCAGGUCCGGCCUGUUCCGCGACCCUUCGGCGGUGAGCAAGGUCACCGCGAUGGCGGCGGCCGUCAGGGCGCAGAUCGAAGCCGAGGAGAGGGUGACCAGGGAGGCGGAGGCCAAGAGGAAGGCGGAGGAGGACGAGAGGAAGGCGGAGGCCGAGGCGCAGAGGGCUGCCAAGGAGGCGGUAAUGGCGACGGCAGAGGAGAAGCCAGAGAGCACGGUGGAGAAGGACAGCAUGGAGGUGGAUAAGAAGGAGGAAGCCAACGUGAGACAACCAAAUGCUGGCAAUGGUCUUGACUUGGAGAAGUACUCGUGGACUCAACAGUUGCCAGAGGUUAACAUCACCAUUCCUGUUCCUCAAGGAACAAAAUCAAGAUUUGUGGUAUUUGAUUUAAAGAAGAACCAUCUGAAGGUUGGUCUGAAGGGCCAGCCACCUAUCAUUGAUGGCGAGCUCUAUAAGCCAGUUAAGGUUGAUGACUGCUUCUGGAGCAUAGAGGAUGGGAGAACCCUGUCCAUAUUGCUUACAAAGCAUGACCAAAUGGAAUGGUGGAAGUCUGUUAUAAAGGGUGAUCCUGAAGUUGAUACCCAAAAGGUGGAACCUGAGAACAGUAAACUCUCUGAUUUGGAUCCUGAGACUAGACAAACCGUGGAAAAGAUGAUGUUUGACCAGCGCCAGAAGCAGAUGGGCCUUCCAACAAGUGAUGAAAUGCAAAAGCAAGAAAUUCUCAAGAAGUUCAUGUCUGAGCACCCGGAGAUGGACUUCUCUAGAGCGAAAUUAGAUUGAGGAUGUGUUUGGCCGUUUGUCUGAAUGCGUUAUUAGUAUGAAACAUUUUUUGAUCAGUUUGCAUGUAAUGCGUCAGAAAUAUCUGGAGAUAGACUUCUCUAGAGCGAAAAUAGCUUGAGGAUGUGUUCGGCCAGUUAUUUCUACCAGUGUGCAUUGGUUGUCUGAGUGCGUUAUUAGUAUGAAACAAAAAUUUUGAUCAGUUCGCGUGUAAUCGUCAGAAAUAUCCGGAGAUGGACUUCUCUAGAGCGAAAAUAGCUUGAGGAUGUGUUGGGCCAGCUAUUUCUACAGUGUGCGUUAGGUUGUCUGAGUACGUUAUCAGUAUGAAACGAAUUUUGAACAGUCUCUUGUAAUGCGUCAGAAAUAUUUUUUUAGAACUGUGGCAUGUCUUGAACC